ACUAGUAUAUGUUCAAUGAGUGGCGUUGCAAGUCGUAGAGGCGCAGUAACAUCGUUGCAACACCGUGGUGACAGGGGUGCUGCUUUUCUCUGCUUUACUUGUGCCAUUUGUUUUAUUCUAAGCGUGACCUGUACUUUUCUCGGCACUAUCGUCGUUUUUCUCGAUCAUAACGUAGAGGCUGCCAGCUAUCAUAACGUUCCAAUUGCCAAUAUGAGUCAAGAUGAUUACGAUUUUAGACUACCGAAGGAAGUUAAACCAAUCCAUUAUGAUAUUUAUUUAUACCCCGAUCUUACCAAUGGUACUUUCGUGGGUAAAGUUACGAUCCUUAUAGAUGUCCUGGACAAAAGGGGUCAAAUAGCUCUUCAUCAAAAAGAUCUCAAUGUUACUCAUAUAGAAUUGAAAACUUACGAUCGCGAAGAGAAUUAUGAAAUCGAACUAUUACCUUCAUUUACAGUCGGAAAAUACGAGAUGCUCGUUAUUCCAAUAAAAAACGAAAUUAAUUCGGGACUUUAUAAUCUAUCUAUCGAAUUUAAUGGAGCUCUACAGCCGGACAAAAUCGUUGGUUUCUAUUCAAGCAAAUAUAAGGACGAGAAGAAUAGAACGAGGCACAUAGCUACUUCCAAAUUUGAACCAACUUAUGCGAGAAGAGCGUUUCCUUGUUUCGACGAGCCUUCGUUCAAAGCUGAAUUUUCAGUUAAAUUAGUUCGUCCUACCGACGAUUGUUAUAAUGCACUUUCCAAUAUGGAUGUUAAGGAUACUCUUGUUAAUCAACCAAGUCCUGGACUCACCACAGUUGUUUUUACUAAAAGCGUACCCAUGUCGACUUAUUUAAGCUGCUUCAUAAUCAGCGAUUUCGUAGCUGUUACAAAAAAAGCUACGGGUUUCGGUGGACGUGAAUUUCCCGUUAGCGUAUACACUACCAGAGCUCAAAAGGAAAAAGGAUUGUUUGCUCUUGAUAUUGGUGUUGAUAUAAUAGAUUAUUAUAUCAAUUUAUUCCGUAUAGAUUAUCCCUUGCCUAAGCUUGAUAUGAUUGCGAUACCAGAUUUUGUUUCUGGUGCGAUGGAAAAUUGGGGUAUCGUAACGUACAGAGAAGCUAGAUUACUUUACGAUAAUCAAACAAGUUCUACUCGAGAUAUGCACGACAUCGUCACUGUAAUUAGCCAUGAAUUGGCACAUAUGUGGUUUGGUAAUCUAGUUACAAUGAAGUGGUGGAACGAUUUAUGGUUAAACGAAGGUUUUGCCUCGUUCAUGCAAUACAAAAGUGCAAAUGCUAUUCUUCCCGAUUGGGGACUGAUGGAAGAAUUUCUCCUCGACCAAAUACAUUUGGUCUUCAUUACAGAUGCCAAAUUGAGUACACAUCCGAUCAUUCAAACUGUUAACAAUCCUGACGAGAUCACAUCAAUUUUCGAUGAUAUUUCUUAUAGAAAGGGAUCAUCCGUAAUACGUAUGAUGGAAAAUUUUAUUGGUGCCGAUAAAUUUUAUGACGGUAUUAGAAUUUAUCUGAAUACGUUCACCUAUCAUAACGCGGAAACGGCUGAUCUUUGGAAAAUUUUACAAGAUCAAGUUGGAACAGAAAUAAACGUGACGAAAAUUAUGGAUACCUGGACUAGACAAAAUGGUUUUCCUGUUGUUAAUGUUCACAAGACUGAAAACAAAUAUAUCUUAACGCAAAAACGUUUCUUGGCCGAUCCAGAUGCUAAGCUAGAUCCAUCGGAAUCGGAUUACGGCUAUAAAUGGAUAAUACCUAUUACUUAUAUUACUAAUAAAUCAUCUAAACCAACUUUAGUCUGGUUCGAUAAUAAUGCAACUGAUCUGGUAAUCGAGUUAAAAGAACCUGUCGAAUGGAUUAAAUUUAAUAAAGAUCAAAUAGGUUAUUAUCGUGUUAAUUAUGACACAACGGAAUGGGAAAAUUUAAUUUAUCUUCUCAAAUACUAUCACAAGAGAUUAUCUGUAUCAGAUAGAGCUCAUCUCUUGGAAGAAGUAUUUAGUUUAGCCUCUGCGGGUGAACUUGAUUAUGGCAUUGCUAUGAAUAUGACUACAUAUCUUCCACGAGAAAAUCAUGUUAUUCCUUGGACGGUGGCAUCAAAAAAUUUAUUGGCCAUAGAUCAAUUUUUAUCGUCAACCAAUUUAUCUACUGUUUUUAAGUCCUAUGUGAGAAAUUUAGUUGAUAGCGUUUAUCACGAUGUAACGUGGCGUGUAGAUAGCACAGAAGAUCACGUUAUGCUGAGACUUCGUUCGAUAGUGUUAGACCUGGCUUGUUCCGUAGGCCAUAUAGAAUGUUUAGAAGAAGCAUCUGAAAUAUUUAAAAAGUGGAUAAACGAUCCAAGAGAUGUUCGUCCACAUCCAGAUAUUCGAGGAUUGAUUUAUUAUUAUGGCCUAAAUUAUGCUGGUACCGAAGCUGAAUGGAAUAUUAUGUUCGACAAAUUUGUCGAGGAAACAGAUUCGGCCGAAAAACUUAAAUUGAUGCGCGGAUUAACGGGAAUACGGGAAAGUUGGCUUUUGAGCAAAUUUAUUAAUAUAGCGAAGAAUGAAAAUUACGUUCGUGCACAAGAUUUCUUUUCUUGUUUAACGGCAAUUUCGAAUAAUCCUAUUGGUACAUCUCUCGUUUGGGAUUGGGUCAGAGGAAAUUGGGAAUUUUUAGUUCAAAGAUACACUUUGAACGAUCGAUACCUUGGACAACUUAUACCUGGAAUAACUAAAACUUUUGCUACCGAAACGAAGUUGAAUGAGAUGAAAGCAUUUUUCGAAAAAUAUCCUGAAGCUGGUGCUGGUGUAUCGAGCCGAGCUAAAGCAUUGGAAACAGUACAGAAUAAUAUCAAAUGGUUGAAAACAAAUACAGACAAGCUCGAAAACUGGUUGAAUUCACAUUCCAACAAUUAAUAUGACUGAUCAAAAUAUAAUAUUGCUAGAAUAUAAAAUGAUAUUACCAAUGUAUUCCUAUGUGAAAAAUAAUUUUUAUCGAUGAAAGAAACUUAUGAGAAUGUUUAUAAAUAUCCGACUGUUUGUAUAUUAAUUAAAUCGAUAAAUCAGCAUUUAUAAAGAAAUAUAUAGGAACAGUAAGUUGACAAAAAAAAAAAAAAAUAAAGAUUUUUACUUCGUAUAGAAAAAAAA